AUGGCAUCGACUUCUACAAGCAGCCCCUCUGCUGGUGAAAUCCACACAGCUAUCAAUCGCCUCAUUAACAACCUGAUCAACAUCAAAGACACUACAGGCAAGUUCUUGUUACACCUAGAGGAUGGACGAGUCAUCGACACCAAAUCAUGGAACGGCUGGGAAUGGACACAUGGAAUCGGACUGUACGGCAUAUGGAAAUACUACGAAAUAACAGGCGACGCUUCCUUGCUUAAAAUCAUCGAAGACUGGUUCGCUGCACGUUUCGCGGAGGGGGGCACGACGAAAAACAUCAACACCAUGGCCGUCUUCCUCACGUUGGCCUACGUCUACGAAAAGACGGGGAACAUGGCAUAUCUUCCCUGGUUGGACGCCUGGGGGGAAUGGACAAUGCAUGAGCUCCCUCGCACGAAAUACGGUGGCAUGCAACACGUUACCUAUGUGACGGACAACCACCAACAGCUCUGGGAUGAUACGCUCAUGAUGACUGUUCUUCCACUGGCCAAGAUCGGGAAACUACUUGGUCGUGAAGAGUACAUAACUGAGGCGAAACGGCAAUUCCUGAUCCAUAUCCAGUACCUCUUUGAUACGAAAACGGGCCUCUUUUUCCAUGGCUGGGCGUUUAACACCGGUACCGAUGCCGAUGAUACUUCUACUACUACUAUCAGUGUGGAAGGUCACAACUUCGCCAACGCACAUUGGGCAAGAGGAAACAGUUGGAUAACCAUCGUGGUCCCCGAAAUCAUCGAACUCCUGGAUCUGUCCCCCUCCGACCCCAUCCGGAUGCAUCUAACCAACACCCUGGAAGCCCAGUGCUCUGCGCUACGGCGCCUCCAAGACUCUGCCACGGGCUACUGGCAUACCCUUCUAGACCACCCUGAUUCCUACGUCGAAGCCUCUGCGACCGCGGGAUUCGCGUAUGGGAUCUUGAAAGCUCUACGGAAACGCUACAUAGGAUCGAGUACGGCUAGCGCCGCCACCGCCACCACUACUACUGCUGCUUCUACUAUUACCUCCAAGGAAUACCGCCUAGUCGCCGAAAAGGCAGUCAGGGCAGUGCUCGGCGCUGUUGAUGACCAGGGUGAAUUACAGAAUACCAGCUUCGGAACGCCGAUGGGCGAUACUUUGCAGUUUUAUAAGGAGAUUCCAAUAACCGCCAUGCCGUACGGACAGGCCAUGGCUAUGAUGGCUUUGGGGGAGUAUUUGAGGUGUUUUCUAUGA